AUGCAUAAUAAUAAAAAUAAUAAAUUAUCUACUUCCACAGAUGUUAAUCAAGACCAAAGUGAUUCAGUUGAUCUUGGUGCAUGGGGUAGCUUGUUGAUUAAUAAAAUAUCGACAUGGGAUAGUCACGUGAAACGGGCGUCAGGUGUAAAAAGCAAAGUAUCUGAGCUAGAAUUAGAUCAAAUUUUCGAAACUGUCAAGACUAGUGAAACAACUCCUGAUCCUGUUGAAGAAUCAACAAAGCCUCUCUAUUUUGAAAAGAAACAAGUACGAGUUGUUAAUAACGAGCUUGAUGAUCAUGAAGGAUGGGGGUCACCACCACCAAAUGAUAUUUCAUGGAGUGAUCCUCGUCAAGGAAUUUGUAUUGAGAUGAUUGAGGAACAAAACCAAACUGUGUUUUGGGCUAGAAUCAAUGGGGCAUGGCAUAAUGUUACAGAAGAAGCUAAAGCGCCUCAAAAAAAAGAAGAGAUUAAAUCAAGCGAUGCUGAUGAUCAUAAUAUUAACGGAAAUCGUUCAGGACGUCAAGGAGUUGAAGAGGAGGAUGAUGAUUCAGCAUCGGCUGGACCAGAAGAGCAUUAUACUAGGAAUUAUCAAUGGAAGGCACAAGAUGAAUGGAACAAGUAUAAUGUUAAGACAGUCGAGGUUGUGCAUGGUAAAGAUUACAUUACUAAAAAGAAACCUACUCUUCAAAUAUCAGAUACGUCAGGAUCAGAAAGUGAUCCUGAAGAUAGCACACUUUCAGUGCCAGUAUCCCAACAUCUUGAUGAUCAUAUUAUACCUGUUAAAACUAAUGUAACAUCUGUUUCUGAUAAUGAUGACAUUUGGAAUCUCUAUGAUAACGUGAAAAAACCAGAAAAGGAAAAGAAGCAUCUUAGUGAGAGGCAGGUUAUUCAAAAGAUAGAAGACAAUUUUUUGAUAGAUUUGGAUUCAAGUAAAUUAGACGGUGAUAAUAAAGAAAACGAUAGUAGCAACAACAAUAACCUUAAACUUGGCAGAUUAAUCAAUGAGGACAUUUUUAAUUUGUUUAGUUCAAUUAAGCCUUCACCACCAAUAACAAAAUCAAUAAUUGAACGAGGAAAUUUUAUGACAGGUCAAAAAAACGUUAUCAUUAAUGGUGAUAUCAAUAGUGGUGGUGAUAAUUUGUUAUUAGAUAAUAAUAAAAACGAGAUUGCGCCAUUAAUUUCAUUUGAAGAGACUGAUGAAAAUAUCCAAGAUCAAAAAGUUAUUCCAUUAUUGGAAAAUAAUGUUUCCUAUCAAAAUAAUACAGAAACAACAAUAUUAUCAUCAAGUAAAGAAGAUGUAAUAAGAAGUUCAAGUAUAGAUAAAAGACAACAACGAGUAGUAGUAGAAGUUGCAGAAAAAGGUCCUUCGCCCAGUGAACAACUAAGGAUGGACAAUUUAGAAUUGGAGAGUAAACGAUCUGGUGGUGGUGGUAAACCAAUAAAGAUUGAUGUUGAAACAACAAAUUUUGGAGUACAAACUUGUUAUAUUAGUCCAGGUGAUGAUGAUGUUGAUAAAAUUGCAAGAGAAUUUUGUGAUAAGUGGGAAAUGGAAAAAUAUACAACAUCAAUAAUAAAAUAA